AUGGAACACAAAACGCCCACUGGUGCUCAAAUCAGCCACUCCACGGUGGAGAAACGUAUCAAACAGUUCCUCGUAUCACUUGACGAAUUGAUCAAUGAAUUGAAAAAUUCCGGCUCGAAUAAGUCACGUAAUCCGAAGGGUUUGGUUGGAGAACAGGUUGAGGAUUUGUUACAUUCGAUUGAGAAGUGUGCGAAAAGUAGGGUGUAUCUGAAAGAGAAAGAUGACCACGCUGGAUUGGACUCAAGAGGUACUGAGCUUUGGAACAUGACUACCAAGCUCCUAAGAAGCGAAAAGCCAUCCGAUGUCGAAAACAAGAAUACAUAUUUGAAACUCAGGCACCUCGCCUAUCUCACGCUUGAUUGCGCUCAAAGAACGUGCGGGAGGACAACGCAAGGUCUGUUGUAA